AACGAAUGCAAUUGACAUCGUCAGCAGCGUCAUCAAACACAGCAAACCACCCAUCAUCAAACGACACGCCGCCGUGAUGAUGGUGCUGGGUGGUCGCGGGCUGGCGCUGGUUGCGUGGGCGCUUGUGGCUGUACUUGGGAGCUUGCUGCUAUAUUGUCCGCAGGGCGUUGAAGGCGACAUCUCCCUUGUGGUUGGUGUGAAGGAACCGCAGCUGGUGCAACGGCUGCCCAUCUUCCUUGCCGCCGCGCAAUAUGCGAUUGGCGAGUUUGAUGGUGAUGGCCCGCCUUUGUCCGGUGUCACCGUGGAUGCCGUUGACGCAACCUCAAGCGGGCUCGUGUCUGGGCAGGACGGGGACGUUUGUAUCGUCACCUACAUCUCAGAUGUGAACAGCACCGACGUUGACUGUCAAGUGUUGUUGCAUGAAGACAACGAUGUCUUCCAAUCGCACGUUGCCAGGCUCCUCAACACGUGGCACUGGCGCGCUGUUGUGGCCAUCUCUCAGCAGUGCAGCGUCCAUGAUCUCACACAACAGCAGCUUGACUUGGUCAAGACACUUCGUGCUGAGGGCGUCAACGUGGAGUUUCGCCGAAACGCCGUGGGCGCAAAUCCCUGUGCUGAAACGUGGCGAAGCGACUACCAUAUUGGCAUGCUCUUUGCAGCCGGUGUCGACGACGCUGCAGCCACCGUCCUCAACAUCUUCAACGCAGGCUUCCUGAAGAAGGGCAACGUGCUGCUGUGGAUGCCAGACUUUGUGUUUGCGGAUGUGUUUGCGGUAUCGCAGCAGCUGAUGGACGCCGGCCACAACGCUGCUGCGGCUGCGCUGGGUGCGUGUGCGCUCGUGCUGUCCCCGAACAGCGGUGCAUUCACUGCGGACCUUCGCCAGGUCGCCACCAGCGCCCUCGGCAGCGCCACCGCAGACAUCGCCGUCGAGAACCACUUUGACGCCACAAUCUUCGACGCCAUUGCCGGGGCGGUGCGCACGCGCGUGUCCGCUGCGCUGGUGUCGACUGGUGCGACCACUGGUCCACUGCCGCCACUGCCACUGCUCGGGCAGAUGGACACAACAGCCGCGGCCAGCAUCAGCACCGCGCCCGUCAACGUGCUGCGGACAGGGCCCGUGAUUCGGCUGGAGAGGUCCCUUCGCGUCACCAUCACCACGCCAGCUAAUGAGAGCGACUCGGGCUUGGUGUACUACAAUGAGGACAUGGGCUCGUCCGCAACGCCCGUGCUGCUGCUGCAAGCGAGCGACCCGUCACUGUUUCCCUUUGCCAAAUCCCCGCUCACGUCUGACAUUGUCGUCUCCUUCGACAGAACGGACCCCGUCUCGCGCGCCAGCUUCUACCCCGUCGACGACUUCAUGCCGGCUGCCCGCGAGUUCUUUGCCCUGCGCUUCCCCCAGAUUGCCGUCACCAUCCGCAGCGUGGACGGUGGCGACGGCGACUGCGGGCGCUCCAUGUACGGCCCCCAGCCCACGCUGCCGGACCUGGUGGUCGACUCGUCGCCCUGCACCGUCCCCUUUGGCCGCGUUGCCGCGCGUGACGGCGUGCCCAUGAUCACCAACACUAUCCCAGUUGCCGUGAUCUCCGACAAGAAGGCAUACCCGACCACCUUCCGCAUCGGCACCACCUCCACGCUGCAGGCAUCCAUCAUGGCGCGCGUCGCACAGCAGCUUGACCUCAAGUGCGUCACCGUGCUCCACGACAACUUCCCGGCGAGCCUGGAGAUUGCCACGACCUUCUUCUCUGCCGCGCGCUCGCUCGGGAUGCAGGUGCCGCUGCGCUACCCCGUACGCAACGCUUCCUCCAUUGCCGAAAUUGUCGACAAGAUUGUCGAAGCAGGCGCGCCAACCAUCUACCUGGCAGGGUUUGUCCCGGACAUGCCUGCCAUCUUCGAAGAAGCGCAUGCGCGCGGCAUGCUGCAGCCACCCUGGGUCUGGCUCACCACCUACUUCCGCGUCAACCACCCAGCCAUCACCCCACCCGUCUUCAGCGCCCUCGACGGCAUCCUUAUCACCCUCCUCGUGCAGGACCGCACCUACGCCACUGAUGUUGGCAAGGCGUUUGCCACCUUCAACUCGUCCACAGACCACACCGCACACGGUUCGCGCGUCGCUUUGCUGCAGUAUGUUGACGCAUACAACGCCUACAUCCACGCCUUCAACGCCAAGCAGUACACGUACGGGUUUGCGUUUGACCAGAAGACGCGGCACCGGCAGCUCAUUGAGGGCCUGCGAGCCUUCACGCCAAUCAACCCGCUGCCGGGCAUUUCCGACCUGGAGAUUGGAUUUGAUGAGAACCAGGACAGCACCUCGGGCAUCAUCCCCUCGCUGUACAUUGACGGAGCCCUCUGGCCACUCAGCAACAGCACAAAGGAUGCCCUGUUCACUAUCGGCCCACAGGCGAAGGCCCGCGCCCCGACGCAGGACAAGUGCGCCGUGCCAGACACGCUCCCCUCCCCCACGGACGAUGAUGGCGAUGGAGGUGGGGGCAGUAGCGGCGGCAGCGGGUUUGGCCAGGACGACCUGGCGGCGGUGUACGUGAGCGCGUUGGUCAUUGCCGUGAUCAUCCUCGUCGCCACGGGCGUGUUUGUGCACCGGCGCACGACCAAGAAGAAACGUGCCCGACACGAUUUCCGGGCUGAGCUGGAGGACAUGCAGCUGUUUCGGCGCGGCGUGCAGCCGACGGAGCUCAGCCGGCGCCGCGUGCAGCUGGAGAGGAAACUCGGGGAGGGAUUCUUCUCGCAGGUGUGGAAGGGGACAUACAGUCCGCCACGGCGCCUGCUACACUGGCACCGAGACCAGCAGCAGCAGCAGCAGCAGCAGCAGCAGCAGCAGCAGCAGCCAAGGGGAGGCGGGCGAUGGCGCGCACAGAGCGACGGCAGCGGAUGGCGCAGCAGGCAUUCUGCAGCAGCAGCAGCAGCAGCAGGAACAGCCAUGGUAUCCAGCGACGGGGUGCGGCAAGGCACAAGACGCAGCAGCAGUGCUGAUGGUGGUAGUGGUGGUGGCGUUGGGAGCGAUCGCAUGAGCAGGACAGACACUGCCACAACUGCCACGGCUACGACGAGCAGCACAGCCCACACCCCCUCCCGGCCGCGGUGGAAGAGCAUCGCCAGUGGCAGCGACGGGAACACAGCGCAUGGUGCGGCGCCGCACAGCAGCACGCGGGGCCGGCCGAGUCUGGUGCGCAGCGUGAGCGGGACAUGGGAGUCACGCAGCACUGGUGGGGACGGAGGCCAUGACGGGCUUCGCCAGCAGCCACGGAGACAGGCACAUGCGCAUGACGGUGGAGGCAACAGCGGAGAAGACGGUGAUGAUGUGCAUUGCUGUUGGCGGUGUUGCUGGCUGCCGCGGAUGUGCAGCUGCACGUGUGCGCGGCCGGCGGCGGUCCCCGUUGCCGUGAAGAUGGUGACGCCCUCGCUCGACGGGUCGCGUGAUGAGAGCAGUCUGCGGUAUGAGGCCGUGUCCCUGGCCCAGUUCCGCCAUUGUGAGAACAUUGUGCAGCUGCUUGGCGUUGUGACGACUGGUGACCAGCCCAUGCUGCUGGUGCUGGAGUACUGCGAGAAUGGAGCGCUCGACUCGUUCCUGCAGCGCCAGACCAUGCGCGACAAGCCGCUCUCCUGGCUCAUCAAGCUCAGGAUGAUGCGCGACGUCGCAACAGGGAUGCGUGCCGUCUCCGAUGCUGGCGGCUUGCACAUGGACCUCGCUGCGCGCAACGUGCUGGUCACAUCCAAUCUCACGUGCAAAGUGUCUGAUUUCGGGCUGUUCAAGGACCACCAGUACUACGAGAUGCACCAGGAGAAGCUCAUUCCUGUGCGCUGGACGGCGCCCGAAGUCCUCAACCUCGAGCGGUUUUCGAGUGCAAGUGACGUGUGGAGCUUUGGAGUUGUUCUCUUCGAAACAACGACCAAUGCCUCUGAGAAGCCGUACAGCAGCAUGUCGAACGACGCUGUUGUGGAGGCGGUCUCUUCAGGGUACCGCCUGCCGCAGCCGCCGCUGUGCCCUGACGAGAUGUAUGCGGUGAUGCUGGAGUGCUGGCAGGAUGACCCAGGGGACCGGCCCACGUUUGAUGAUCUUGUGCACGAGCUCUCGUCCAUGAUCAUCAGCAUGGAGCAGGGAGGCACCAUGAGCACGUUCAAACGGGUUGCGCGCCCACCAGCACAAAGGCAGCAGCAACAGCAACAACAGCAACAGCAACAGCAACAGCAACAGCAACAGCAACAGCAACAGCAACAGCAACAGCAACAGCAACAGCAACAGCAACAGCAACAGCAACAGCACCAGCAACAGCAACAGCAACAGCAACAGCAACAGCACCAGCAAGGUGCGAUUGGGGAGGUGGAUCCACGCGAAAGCGUUCAAGCCGGCACAGGCGGCGGCGGCAUGGGCAGGGUGCAGGAGAAGAAGCCGCGGUACGGCGGCGGUGCUGGGCUGACCAGUCAGCAACCACAGCAACAGCAACCACCGUAUCAGCAACAACCUCAGCAACCGCAGCAUGUGGGUGCGAGCCAGCCGCUGUGUGAUGCGCCUUCGACGCGCGGCUACCAGCAACCGGUGCACCAGGCCCAUCAACAGCUGGCCCAGCAAAGACCAGUGCCACCACCGUCAUCCCACCAGCACGAUCAGCACGACCAGCAAGAUCUGGUGCCGUUGACGGCGUCUGCCGACAUGAGCAGGAUGUUGGAGAUGUUGCGGCAACAAGGGCUCACAAUCGACAGCGCUGGCGAGAGCGAUGGUGUGUCGUCAUCACAGCCAUCGCCUCCACCCGCUUCUCAGUCGUCGGCCGCUGUUAGCAGCAACACAGCAGUGCCACCGCCCUUCCCUCAUGCCCAGCAGCAACAGCAACAGAAGCCGCAAGGGCUGUACACGACACUCCCUGCUCACGCCACCGCAUCGGGCGCUGUUUCCGUGUCCGCGCCGCCACCUCUGCAUGUCGAGCAGCCCCGCCUACGUGUCCAGGGCGUUCAGGGCGUUCAGGGUGGCAUUUGGGGCGUUGGCCAGUACCAUCCCCUGAGCAUCGUAUCAUCGCAGCAGCACAGCGCAGCCGCCAUCCCGCCGAUACCAGCACCGGUGCCAACAGCGCAGGAUGUGGGCGGUGCGAAUGGUGUGGGUGGUUACCAUAAUGUACAGCAACACCUCGAGCACCAACAGCAGCAACACCUCGAGCACCAACAACCGCAGCAGCAGCAGCAGCAGCAGCAGCAGCAGGGCAAUGUGCCCGCGCUGGUGAUGCAUCCGUACUUGGCAGCGCACGGACGCGCAUCUCACAGUCAGCCAGGGCAGUUGCGUGCGCCGAUGUACACCCAACUGUCGCUGCCACCCAAACCGCACUUUGAGCAACAGCAACAGCCGCAGCAGCAAUGGGGGGAUGCACAAUCUCCGAGCGUGACACAUCAUGGCACGUAUGUACCGGUACACCCUUCCCCCGAACGCCAGCACGGCCACCAGCAGCAGUGGCGGCAGGGCGCAAGCGAAUAUGGAGGCGGGAGGGGCAUGAUGGGGGAUGCGGAGCUUGCGUCAAAACUGCUGGCCACGUUCCCGCUGAUCCGUUUGUCAGCAUCAUCCCCGAUGCAAUCGAGUGGGCUGCAAACGCAAGCACCGUCCCAACGAGGAUCGCAGUGGCACUCGCAACUGCAGGAUGGACCUUGCUUGUCAGGGCAGCAGCCGCAAGCACAGCAGCAGCGCCUGCAGCAGCAGCAGCAGCAGCCGACAGAGCAGGGCAAUAGAUGCGCACAAGCGCAAGUUGGGGCCGGACAUAUGCGAGCAUCAGCACCACCACACCUCCACCUCACUCAGCCCUGCCAGCAACCGUACCAGCAAGGGCAAAGGCAGCAACAGCAGCAACCGCCACCGGCACAGACGCAAUCGCGGCCUGCACAGCCACAGCAAUAUUCAUUGCCGCAGCCAUACUCCAUGUCACAGCAGACGAGUGCGCCAUCAGCGGCACGCGCGCCUGCAGCAUCUGGGCUCACGCUGACUGACGGGUGGAUGGACCAGCUUGCAUCAGCCCUGCGCAUGGGCAGCGACGAUGGGCCGCAGCAGCAGCAGCAGCAGUCGCAGGAGCUGUCAGCAAUACCAGGACCACCAACAUCGUCGCAAGAACAACAGCAGCAGCAGCUGGCUGGCCCUGUUGCGCUACCCCAAUCGCAAUCGCGGGUCGCGGAGCCGCACGGCACGCCACUGCAGCCGGUGUUGACGCACCUGCUGGCCACCAACAAUGACUCGCUGCCUGAGAUGUCCAGUACCACGGACGAUGUCAGUGUCACCGCCGACAGCACCAACUUCGACAACGGCAACGGUAAUGAUAACAGCAACAACAACAAUGGCAACGGCAGCACCACCGACAGCACCACCACCAACAACAAUCCCACCACCAACAACAACACCACCGCUACCAGCAACACCACCAGCAACAACACCACCGCUACCAGCAACACCACCAGCAACACCACCACCGACAAUGGCAACCACACCAUGAACAAUUCUUCUGUUGCUGCAACUCCGCCAGAUGUGACAGCAACACCAACGUCAGGAGCGGUGAGCGCACCGCCUGUGGUGACCGUGCCUGAGCCGGUGCAGCCCCGCCAACCAAGUGCGACUGUCCCGGGCUCCAUCGACUUUGCACAGCUGCGCACCCUCUUGGGCGGAAUCGACACGAACUUAUAGCGCGAGCAUGUGGUAUCAUCGUGUCAAGCGGAGAGGGCGUAUUUAGAGGGCGUGCGGUGUGUGUGUGUGUGUGUGGUGUCUUUGAUGUAACUAACUACAUGCAUAUUUCAGCUAUUUGGGUCUUAUGAUGAAAGGCUGUAAGCCACUUGGCUUCUGAUUUAUUCCAUCUAUGUGUGCUCACUACUGCACUCAGCCUUGCGAACUCAGUGGCAACAGAGAUGACCAUGCGUGUAAAGUUGCACUUUAACAGACAGACAUACAGACAUACAGAC